AUGUAUGUGUAUCAUGUUAACGGAAUGAUUGGGCAAUGGGUGAUUGUGGUGGCAUUAGCAAUAGGCCUGGCCGCUAGUACUGACAAGCGGCCACACUUUACCACAGAGCCACCCCCUCGGGUGCUGUGGCCGGCCACAAGGGGCGCCCAUGCGGUAUGCAGGGCGAGUGGCCAUCCAACACCAGACAUUCAUUGGGUAACCGCUGAGGGACAGGUCAUUACUACGAUACCGGGAUUAAGACAUGUUCUGAGCGAUGGAAGAUUAGUAGUAGGUGCUCGCCGAUCCAUGGUAGAUGCUGGUGGUGGAGGCAGCAGCGCUAUCCUUCGAUGUAGAGCAUCCAAUAAGGCUGGUGUCACUCUAUCUCGGCCGGUCCUUUUACAACCAGUUGAUGACAGUGUUCUCGCUACCACGGUAAAGCAGCUAACUCCAGCGAAAUUGGGGGGCUCCGUAGUUCUGCGAUGUGAAUUGUCGCCGCAGAUAGGGUUCACGGAUAUCAAAUGGCUGCAAGAUGGACUUCCACUCACAACAGGAUACAUGGGAACAGAUACCAGAUGGAUAUCAGGUGCUGGUGGGUUGUUAUUAGGAUCAGAUUUGACACAGGCUGACGUAGAAGCAGAGUAUUCGUGUAUUGCGGUAGACACACCUAGUGCUACAUUAAAACUAACUACAGACGAAAGCAGCUGGUUGGAAAGUGUUGAAGUAAAUUCCAUUGAAGCUCGCGUUGGUGAUACAGCUAUUUUACCGUGUGUAUUUCGACAUAUCAACAGAUAUACUAUUACUUGGCAACGACAAGAUGCGAGUGGAGUUUGGGUGACUGCGUCAGGGGAAGGGAUAGUUCGUAGUGGGGCAUUAAUAUUACCUAAUGUGAGACUACAUCACGCGGUCAGAUACGCCUGCUCACCUGGUACUGAAAGCACACCACGUAUUAUUGUGAGAUUGGUUGUACAUGAGCGGUUAAGUGUGACCGUCACUCCAAACCCUUUGAUGUUAGGUACUGGAGGUUCUGGUCAUUUUAACUGUUCGGUAUCCGGAGGUAGAGGUGGAGGGGUCACUUUAAGCUGGCAGCAUGAAGGCAGACCGUUGCAUUCUCCACAAGCCAAGCUUACCUUGGGACCAGUAAGGUCGCACCACGCUGGCCUUUACCAAUGCACAGCAUAUGAUCACUCGGAUUCAGCCGUAUCUGGAGCUGAACUUAUUAUUGCUGACAGACCUCCAAGGCUGGUAACGACGUUCAGUGAGGCCAUAACUCGUGUUGGACAAAGCAUUGCUCUAAGAUGUGCCGCUACUGGUAUACCACCACCAAGAAUAUUCUGGACUUUAGAUGACAGACCGCUUCCAUCAGCGCCUGAAAAAUAUACAGUAAAUACAAGAGCUGAGUCACUCCCUGGGAGUGAGGAGGGGAGUAUCAUAUCAACAUUAAAUAUAAAUAUUAGGACUGCUGAUGAAGGUGGGAGAUAUGGAUGUAAUGCAACAAACUCUGGUGGGUCGCAGUCGCACCACGCAAGGCUUAACGUUUUUGGUCCCCCAAAUAUUAGAUAUUUACCACCAAUGCACGUUAAAGUAGAAGCUGACGUAACAAUAAAUUGUCCUUACUCAGGAUAUCCUAUUAAAGAAGUUAUAUGGAGACGUGAAGAUGGCUCUAUAGUGGAGUCACCCAUACAAUCCGGUGAUAACCGAGGUUUAUUAAGAUUGACAUCUGUGAGAAGUUCCACCGGGGGAGGGUACACGUGUGAGGUCAGAGCGGAGAGUGGGGAGUUGGCUAGACGGACAGUUCGAAUCGAAGUGCAUAAGCCACCGAAAAUAGUUCCUUUUCAAUUUCCUGAGGAAUUAGAAGUUGGAGGAAGCACACAAGCGACGUGCAGCCUAGUAUCAGGAGAUAAACCAAUCCAAUUUUCGUGGCAUAAAGAUAAUUUACCUAUUCCUUCUGUUUUGAAAGUUGAACAGAAAAAUAUGGAUUUUUUCACGAUAUUGGUGAUACAAGAUUUAAACUCAAUGCACAGUGGAGAAUACUCAUGUCGGGCCACCAAUGACUUUGGCACUGUUAGUCACUCUGCAUCUUUAGUCGUCAAAGAGGCACCGUUGUGGGUGUGGCGAGCACAGAACACUUCAGUAUCUGCAGGAGCAGCUGUUCUACUACCAUGCUCCGCCAAGGGACAACCACAGCCGAGAAUAUCUUGGGAGUUUUCUACUGAUAGUGAAAACUGGCGUCAUAUCCUAUGGGGUCAGUCAGAAACUAGUGAGCUUAGUGAAGGAUCCAUUCUCUCGGAUGGUACGGUGUGGCUACGUGCUGCAACUCCAGACCACGAAGGGUGGUACAGGUGUACUGCCAGAGUCCAGCAUUCUUUCCUUCAUCAUGUGUUCUUUUUGGAUGUUAGAGAACCACCUAAGCUAAGCCGAGGCAGUGGGACCGGGGAGACACAGUGGGUGGUACGUGGUACUCCAGCGAGACUCACAUGUAGUGUCAGAGGGGAGCCUGAGAUCCACGUACAUUGGACACACGAUUCCCGACCACUUGCUUUGCAUGGUUCAGGAGGCGUAGAGAUGCGCGAUUUGGGUAACGGUGCAAUGAUGUCUGAGAUAACAAUCACUCAUGCUGGGCCUGAACACGCAGGAGACUACCGAUGCUUCGCCAGGAACUUGUAUGGGACCGAUGAACUGGUCUUCAGGCUAUUUGUAAAAGAACGUCCAAGCGUUCCCGAAGAAGUCCGCAUAUCAGAGGUCUGGUCGAGAAAGGCCCGCAUAACAUGGCGCGUGACGCGUGGGGCCAUAGUAUCUCAUUAUUCACUUCAGUACCGUUCCCUCGCGCGCGACCUCACAAAUGCUCCGCUGAACGCUCCGCUUCCCGCUCUUGAAACGUGGGACUCACUUGAAGUCCUCAACAUAACGCUGGCUAAUUCGGAUUUGCUUCAUGUCGCGUCAGAAGGGCCGAGUCGGGCAGGGGCAUUAGUGUCCGGAUUAUAUCCUGAUACUCGCUACGUGCUACGAAUAGCCGCCCACAACGAUGUCGGAGCUUCCCCGUUCACAACACCUCUACAAUUUACUACUAGAGAGGAAGCGCCUGGAGGAGUGCCACGGGACAUAUCACUGAGAGCCCUCCGCGCUCGAGAGCUACUUGUCACUUGGCAGCCACCACCGCGUGAAUCCUGGCACGGCACGUUACUAGGCUACACAGUUCGAUGGUGGGAGGCAUCGGAAGAAGGCAAAGGCAGUAUGGAAAAUGCUUCAGAAAGUGGAGCGAGUUCUGAUGCGACAAGUACGACGAUACGAGGCCUGAAACCCGCUACACGAUACGGAGUUACAGUCAGAGCAUAUAACGCAGCGGGAAAUGGGCCGACAUCACAACCGCACUAUCGACAUUCUCUGGAAUCACCCCCAAAUGGAAGUCCAGAAAGCCUAGCAUGCGUUUCAAGCGGUUCCACAUCGCUUCGCGUGUCAUGGCGGCCGCCCGCCCUCGAUUCAAGGGGCGGGCUUAUCACUCACUACACUCUACAAUACACCCGGCGCGAUGCCGAUCCAUUACAGCCAGUGCAGGAUGCACAUUUACGUGUUCAGGGUGAAGAAACAACAGUGUCUCGCCUUACACCAUUUGCUGAAUACGACAUAAGAGCCCGUGCACACAAUGCUGCGGGAGACGGCCCCUUAUCUCCACCACAAGUCUGUAGGACUGAUGAAGACGUUCCAAGUGCACCGAGUGGCAUCAAGCUGAUUGCUCUAAGUGAGAGAGCUCUUCGCGCCUCCUGGCUACCUCCCGUAGAACCAAAUGGAAGGCUGACACACUACUCGCUCUAUAUCAAGGAUCUGGCAGGGUCCCAAGAAGCGAACGUAACCCGAGUGAACUCGUGUACGGAGAGCGAAGGGUCUACGGUGGAAUGUAUGAAGACGUUAAGAGGUUUACGUUCAGGAAGAACAUAUGAAACCUGGGUUAGAGCAGCCACUGGCGCUGGAGAGGGACCUACCUCCACUGUGGUAGAGUGUCAGACGACCGCUUUGGCUCCAGCCCGAAUCUCAUCGUUCGGUGGAGUAGCUGUAGGAUCAGCAGGCAACGCCCUAUCACUUCGUUGUGUAGUGGGUGGAGUCCCUCCUCCUUCCAAGCGAUGGCUCCGAGGUGGGAGUCUACUUCACAUUCGAACACCAUUCCAUUUGGAUGGAGAUGCUUUGAUGAUAAGGAACCUGGAACUCCAACACGCAGACAACUACACGUGCGUAGCAGAGAACCCCCAUGGAUCAGACUCGGUGACGUGGCGGGUUUUUGUCUUACGACCCCCGUCUCCGCCAGGGUUGGCACUUAUUGAAGCCAGGUCUAGAGAACUAGAACUGGAGAUCAGAGCUUCUCCAAGAGUGCCAGGACAUGCCAUCCCUAAAGAGUAUACACUGCAUUGGAGGCUUGCGGCACCUGAGGGCGAAUGGAGGGUGCAAACUGUAAGUCCAGGCCCAGCCAUUCUCGCCGGCCUUCGAUGCGGUUCAGCGUACCGGGCAUAUGGCUCGGCCGGUGGUCCACCCGGUACUGAGAUUUCCAUCCGGACCUCAGGGGGUCCCCCAGUACCCCCACCCGAUAAUAGAUGGAUCAGGUGCAAUGCUACACAUGCGCGGUUUGAUACCAGCAUGUGGUCUGAUGGAGGGUGUGGUCCAGUUGCCUUGAAACUGGAGUGGGCUGGGUCAGGUGUGGCAGGAGCUAGAGAUGUCCCAGUUGGUGGUGAAGUCAUAUUGGGAGGCCUUACUCCGGGAUCACGUUACCGCGUGGCAGCCCGUGCUUCGAACGAAGCCGGCUGGACACGGGAAGUCUACGAAUUCACUACAAGUCCACCAGAAGGAGGUUACGCGGAAGAGGUAGACGCACCAUUCCCCGCUACGGCUGGCGAAUUGGCUUUAUUGCUCGCUCUGUGUGCAGCUCUCUCCGUAGCGGCACUUACAAUACUUGCUAUUUUGCUCAGAAGAAAAGGGACGGAUGGUGCAAUGCCUCGGGUGACGACAAGUGCCGACAAGACAGCUUGUGGCACGUACAGACCGCCGCACUCUACACCGAAACUACCUCCCGAUCCCCCAGAUGUUUACGAGAUAAGUCCAUAUGCAACUUUCGCGGGUGGUGAGGGUGUAGGACCGGGUUCUAGAGCGUACACUUUGCAACUGCGAGCCCUGGCUCGUCAUGAUGAUGAUGCGGCACCGCCACCACACAGCACUGAUGAAGAAACAUGUUUGGAUGCUUAUGAAGCACAACGAAGGCGCAGGCGCAGACGACAUUAUUGCCCUGAUCAUGGUUGUUCACAAGAAUCGGGGAGUUGA